AUGAGCUUUUGCAGUUACCUACGGAAUGGAGCGAUUAGUCGCAGCCAGUUUGGCUGGACCGUUUCGGCUCCGAUCGGUAGUCACUGUCAACGCUUGAUCCCUGGCGCGAGUUUGAUACACAUCAUUGGUCUGUGAUGCCACUUUCGACACCCGGUUCCCAUCGUCUCUCGGACUCUGCUGAUACCGAACAUGUUUCAGCACAUUGCUCUUACCGAACCGACGUUAAACAAUUUCAAUAUGGAAGAUCUCUGGAUUGAGUAUGACGAAAGCGAGCUGUACGAAAACUUUUGCGAGUUCUACUACGAUCUGGUGCCUGAACUCGAGCGAUACGGUUCAAUUUCGAAGCUGGUGAUUACUCGAAAUCUACUCACGUUUCUUCGUGGAAACGUCUAUGUUGAAUAUAAAAGGUAG